CUCCACCACCAGGGGGCGACGUGCGUUUCCCGGGACGGUAGUUUGUGCGAGCAGCAGCAGAGGAAGUGGAGCUGCAGCGUAAACAUGGCCGACGCCGGAGAGACAGAAGGACCUGGAAGGAAAGAUGACAUUAUUAAAGCCAAGCAAGAAGGCAAAGAGCUGACCAAAGAGGAGAAGCAGAGGCUGAGAAAAGAGAAGAAACAGCAGAAGAAGAGCAAAGAGAAAAAAGAUGACAAGGCUUCACGGGACAGCGAGAAGGAAAAGAAGUCCGUCAGUGCAGCUUCUCCAGCUCCCCAGCCCCCAACACAACCUCCAGCGCAGAAAGCUCCUUCAGCAGCACCUGCCCCCGUUACUGUGCCUGCCUCAGAGGCUCCUUCCACGGCGGACAAGCCAGCUAAGAGCAAAGCAGAGCUGAAAGCCGAGAGGAGAGCUCGGCAAGAGGCUGAGAGGGCCUCCAAAGGCAAGAAGGGGGAUGUGGGGCCUCAAGCUGCUCCGGGCAAACCUAAAGUACCACCUAGUGAGCUCCAGCCAGUUGUGAAGAGGCUCCCAGAACACGUCCAGGUGGACAACCCGGAAGUUUUAAAGAAGCUGGCAAAGAAACUAGAAAGACAACAGAUCCCACUGCGAUCAGACUACGGCUACAAAGUCAGCCUGUUUUCUCAUCUCCACCAGUACAGUCGCAAAGCCCCUCUAACGCAGCAACUCGGCAUUCCCUCCACGGUGAUUCAUCCCGCUAUUGUUCGACUGGGUCUCCAGUAUUCACAGGGUAUUGUAGCAGGAUCCAACGCCCGCUCUGUCGCCCUGCUGCAUGCCUUCAAACAGGUAAUAAGGGACUAUACUACACCUCCAAAUGAGGAGCUUUCUCGAGACUUGGUUAACAAGCUGAAACCUUAUAUCAGUUUUUUGAAUCAAUGUCGCCCUCUGUCAGCCAGCAUGGGAAAUGCCAUCAAAUACAUCAAGAAGGAGAUCUCCAAUAUCCCCAGUCAAUGCAAAGAAGAAGAGGCAAAGCGCAAACUGCUCAACUGCAUCGAGUGCUACAUUAACGAGAAGAUCGUCCUUGCUGCUAAAGCUAUUGCCAAGUACUCAAUAGAAAAGAUCAGCGAUGGAGAUGUCAUCCUAGUUUACGGAUGCUCGUCUCUGGUCAACCACAUCCUGUGCGAGGCCUUCGAGAAAAACAGGAAGUUCCGUGUGAUCGUGGUGGACAGCAGGCCUCGACUGGAGGGCCGGGAAGCCCUGAGGCGCCUGGUUCAGAGGGGCAUCAGCUGCACCUACGUCCUUAUCUCAGCUGUGUCCUACAUCCUUCCAGAAGUAUCGAAGGUGUUCCUUGGUGCUCACGCUCUGCUGGCCAACGGGUACGUCAUGUCUCGCGUGGGAACGUCCCAGAUCGCUCUGGUGGCCAAAGCCUUUAACGUGCCUGUACUGGUGUGUUGUGAGACCUACAAGUUUUGCGAGAGGGUGCAGACGGAUUCCUUCGUGUCCAAUGAACUAGAUGAUCCCGAUGACCUCAUUGUGACCCGUGCAGGGACGACCCAGCUAGAGCACUGGCAGGAAGUGCCCUCACUUGGCCUGCUUAACCUGGUGUACGACGUGACACCGCCUGACUUCGUGGACCUAGUCAUCACAGAUCUGGGAAUGAUCCCAUGCACGUCGGUCCCUGUGGUGCUGCGAGUGAAAAACGUGGACCAGUGAACGACCUCACGCUCACAUCAGCCUGAGCUCGGGAGGCGGUUUCUCUGUGUCAGGAUGGGGGAAGUUUGUGUGCACGAAUGCAUGCACACAACACACAAAAUAUCGUGCUUUUAGCAUGCAAUAAAUAUAUAUCUGAAAUGGCAUA